GAAAACUCGGAAGUUUCCAGGAAAAAAAAGGAAUAAAAGAUGAAUCAAUUUAACUGAUCCAUCCUACUGAUUAUUAUAAAAAAAAUGUCCUUAGAAAGUUCAAUACAAGAAAUAUGCACAAAUUUAACUUCCAACCGUGUUAUGGAGAGAAAGAAAAGUGCAGAGAAUUUGAAAGACUUCCUCACCAGAAAUGCUGUACCUUCUUUACUUACUGCAAAUACUUUCAAAAUGUCAGGUUUAACCUGGAAUAUUCUUUUUGAUGACAUCAACAAUUUUAUUAUUUUGGAGACAAAAAAAAUUGAGACAUCAAAGAAUUUUAAAACUGUUAUAGCUCCCUUGUGUAAGAAUUUAUUGCACUUAUGUUUAGCUGGAUCAAACAAAGGAAAAGCAUACAUAAAAUGUGAAAAGAUUACAGAUGCCUGUCUCUACAUUCUAAAUGAUAAAAGAUUAGCAAAUGCUAUAGGCGAUGCUUAUCUAACUCUUCUUUCUAAAUUUGUGCUUCCUGUUGAUUAUUAUAUUGGUUGCAUCUCUUCAGCUACUUGGGAAGAAAUUUUAGAAGUGUCCUUAUCAGCCUGUCUUUCGAAUAAGUCAGAAUUGGAUGACUUUGUAAAGAUGCGCCUUGUACUGUAUAUUGUAAAAAGUGCAUCAAACAAUUGCCAGUUCACUGUGCCACUGAGGGACUCCUUGCCAAAGUUUAUGGAGUAUUUUAUGAAAAUAUCAAAUGAUAAGAAAGUGCAAGAUUUCAUCAUGGAGACCAUCAUUGUAUUAAUUGAAGUGGUAGCACCUGACAGUCACCUGACCAUGUGCGAGUUUACCAAGAAAAAUUUACCUAUGAUUUUUAAGUUUUAUUUACCAUCGAUGGAACAGAAGAAAAAGACACUUUUGUUUACAAUCUUAAAGAUGUCAAUGAAGCUGCUUUAUCCUAUCACAGAAGAUGAAAAUCUGGAAAAUAAUACUAAUGGCACUGAUAUACUAAAAAGGCAUUUAAACAGUAUUUUAGAAAUUUCGUGCUUAGAGAUAGAAUAUACUAAAAAAAACAGAAAAACGAAUGAAGUGACUGAGUAUAAUGAUUUUCCUUUUGUUGCAGCAGCAGCAUUUUAUCAGGUUUUUAAAAUGACAAACCCAAAUGAAGAUGUAUGUGAGAAUACCGCAAAGAAGUCACGAGUUACUUUCAAUAAACAUAAAACGUUUGAAGAUUUAGUACAGGAACUCAAAUUUAAUCCACACCCAUGGAUCAAAAUAAUUGAAAUGUAUAUACGAACCUAUGGACACUCGCUUACUCAAGCGGAUUACUUGUCAAUUAUAAAAACAUCCGAACACAUAAUAUCAAACACUCAGAAAGGUUUAGACUUUGAGGCGGCUGAACAGUUGAUUCGUUUGUCUGUUGGGAAAAUGAAUGAUACAAAAUGUGACGAGGCAUACGAAGCUCUAUUGUCUCUUUGGAAUACUUGUCUAAGAAAUGUAGCUGUGUCAAACACAUCCAAUCGUGCUGUGCAUUCUAUUGUCCAAAGCAUUUUAAAAUUAAAUGUAUUGAAGUAUCCAGUAGUUCAGCCUCUCCUGCAAAUGUACUUUGAAAAGGGAAUGCCCAUCAGCAAUAACAGUUUCAAAACAUUGAAUGUUUUGCUCAAUAAAUUCCAUAACAAAUGUUCCUAUCUGGACAUCAGGAUGAAACUUCUUUCAUGGAUUACCACCGGAAAGAUUGUCGAUGUUGACAAUCUUGCCAUCGAAGAUAUUCUAAUAAGACUGAUCUGUAUCGAGAAUUUUGCCCUAAAACAAACUGAAAUUAAAAAAGAUAAUCGAGAAUCUUUUUAUAACUUACUAACGACGUCUAAAUGUGAUAUAUUCGAUUAUAACUUAGAGGUGGCGCCCAAAAAGGACACCACAAGCAAUGAUCAAGACUCAUAUGAGGAAAUGCGUUCAGAAAUUAAUUUUUUAAUAAUGCAGUACUUAGAAGAACUUAUGUCGUCGAGCUUAGAAGAGUUUAAAGAAAAACGAAUGCCUUUUAAAGAGUUUUCGAAAGUUACAAGUAUAGUACUAGAUUAUUUAAAAAUAAUUUUAAAAUACAAAUUAAAAAAAGCAGAAGGUGUAAGAACGAGCCAUCUGUAUACACUUCUACAAAAGUCACUAAAACUUCUAUAUACAAACUUAGCAGUCACACUACAGUCCGAUGUGCUCAUUAAAGAAAAGAUUAUAGCUUUAAAAUGUAUUCAAAGUAUUCUGUCACAAGAAUAUGUGGAGAUUCUAAGCACGGAAGUCCGUAAACACAUAGGGGAUGACUGCUUUCAUGCUAUUAGCAAAGCCAUGAAAGUUGAAAUAUCAGAGGAUGACGAAGAAAUGGUAUAUGAAGCAGAUUUGGAAGUGAACAAGCAGGGGUUGAAGCAGAGUUGUAUUUACGUCCUCGCCUCCUACUGCAGGAAACGGUGCACUUACGCAGAAGAACUUCAAAAAUGUAUACUAGAUAAAGACCUCUACGAUUUUACAUCACAUUGGGAUGUUGAGUGUGCUUUAAAGUGCAUAAAUAUAUUAAUUGAACCACAAGUAGAGUCACGUCCCUUUGAUUUAAUAUUCUGCUUAAUGCAGAACAUGUGCAAGGAAUUGUUUCGGAACACUAAAGCUACUUACGGCUUACUACAAAUUCUAUCAGGCAUAUUCGAAGAAAUUUGGCAUCUAGAUAACUCUAUGCUAAAGAAGAACAGUAUUAUUAUGGUUAAAAGUUAUUUGAGCAGGUGUACAAAAAAGUUUUAUCCGCCCCAUGUUGCGGUAUUAGUUUACGAGUGCGUUGCAAAAAUUAUUGAUCUGAAUAAUAAAACUGAUCUCGAAUUGGACGAAGCACUCAAAGAAUCUCUCGUCGACGCCAUAGUCAAUGGCGACACGCACACGAUACGCAUCUACUGCUGCCACCUGCUGAAGUUCAUAGCUAAACACUACACCGAAAAUGACAUUGAAAACUUCGGAGAAAAUCUAAAGGAUAUAUUUGUUACUAAUAUAUCUUCAACAAACGAUCUUACGAUCAAAGAUGAACUCACCAACAGAACGUUGACCGUUUUGUACAGUUUAUAUGUUUUAGGUGUAACAAAAAACAAUUUGGUGAGUAAAAUUGUUGUAACCACUCUACAGUUGCAAGUGGGGAAGAUGUUGAGUAAGGAUAUGGUCACAACGAUGUUGGACCAAUUGACGCAACGUGUAACGUCGUUGAAGAUAAACGAAUACUUGAACACAAAAAUUUUAUACAUUUUGUAUUACUGGUUCAGUAUAAAACGGAAAACUUUUGAAGAUCUCCCGUACUACCUUUUUGGUUUUGUGGAAUCAAAAUCUUUUGUCGAAAAGCACAUAAAGUGGCUCGUUCCUAGCGAAACUUUAUGGCGUUGUAAUGGUGAUAUGACGAAAAGUGCUGCUCUCAAAUAUAUCUGUGCUCAAACAGGGAGAACAAAAGAACAAGUUGUAGAGAUCUGUUUCUGCAACAUCAUUAUUUUGUGCCUGCCGUAUGUUGUCGUUAAUAAGUACAAAUUGGAAAACGAAACGCAUAUGAUGUUGGGUUCGGAAGCAGCCAAUAAGCUGUUUCAAGCGACGAGGCUGCUGCUAAACAAUGAAAAGUGGAGCAAUUUGUUUGUGGAAAAUUUGGGUGAACUGCUGCGUCUCACUGCGGCGCACACGCACACGCGCACGCAAACAAAUACGUACACAUUCUCUAAAGGCGUAUACAAAGCUAUACUGAGCUAUUUUGGAGAGCUCACCGAUGGUAACAUCAUGCAAUAUCUUUGCGAAACUCAAUCGCUUGUCAUAUUCAACAUCCUAUUCAAGCUUUGGGCGACAGUGGAUAGCGAACUAGUGUUUGAAACGAAGACGGCAUCCUUUCAAACAUAUUUAAACUUCGUGGACAGCAUCCCACUAGGAUUCGUGUCGGAUGCCUUAUUGUUUAAUUUUAUUUGCUCGAGUUUAAUUCAUGCCCUAAAGACUGGUAAAAACGACGACGAAAUUAAGUUAUUCUCCGAUGGUAUGAUCGUAAUACUGCAAAAAAUAUCAAAUCAUUCAGCCAAAGACACAGGUUUUCUGCGCAAGAGCUUAGUAUCGGAGAUAUUAUCUGCGGUAUCAUUUAACAACGAUAGGGGCUUUAAAUCCUGCGACUCGUUGGCAUCUUUUGUACGGGACGACUUUCAAGAAUAUUUUGCGGAAAGUUUGGACGUUCCCGACAACGCCGCGUCUAUUCACUACGCUUCCAAAGUAAUGUUUGUCGAUAAACUAAAAUCAUACAUAUCUAAUUUAACGAAUGCAAGCCCGGAGGUUUUGGUGAACAUGGCCAGUCUCCUAAGACAAAACAGGGAGCUGGUAAAAGAGCUAACGUUGGAGUUGAACGUGAAGGGGUUUUCGGAUGACUGCGGCAGAAGCCCCAUACACCAGACUAUAACGGCUCUGUGUAGUAUGCUCAAAUCAUCCGCGAGCGACAAGAUCAUCGUCGCGGCUGGGAGCUGCCUGGCGGAAAUAGGAAGCUACGAUCUGAAGACACUAGUGACCAUUCCACCGUUGGAUACGAACAGAAUUGUAACGAUACACCCCAAAAUGUACCUCGCCACGCAGGUGCUGUCAAGUCUGUGCGCGAUCCUCCUCGACUCCGACACGCACGUCGCCAACGAGGUCGCCAAGGCCAUCAACACCGUUCUGAUGUUCCGCGACGGGAAAGCCUCUCUAGAAUUUUGCGACUCGAAGGUGCUCCAAUCGCUCUCCCCGAGCUCGUGCGAAGUUUACUCCGAGUACGAGGUAGACGUCGAGAAGUUCGAGGCGCACAACAGUAUAAUGGGUUCCUGGGUGCCGACUAAGGGCGAGGACCACGACACUUGGGUGACCCGAGUGACGCUGAGUCUCCUGGACGUGGUAGUUUCGCCGGCGAACUACAUGAAAGCGUUGGGAUCUGUCUGCGCCGCGAAGCCGAGCGUUUGCUGCCAAGUUUUACCGGCGUUGAUGGGGCAGAUACUGGAGUGCGCGAACGAGGCCCAGACCAGGGUACUGGGCGAGCAGGUGAACCACGUCUUCAAGUACGUAUGGGACGUGAGUUUCGAGGAGAGCCUGGAGAGCAGCGACGACGCGAGCGGCUCGCGGCCGCCGUCGGUCGUGGACCACGAUCUCAAGACGAUAAUACAGUCCCUCCUGGACGUAGUGGAUUUCGUGCGCGUACAGAAGGACCACUACCCCAUCCGGCGUCGCGCAGCGGACGGCAACUACCUGCAGCUGGAGUAUGACAGGGUAUCGUGGGCGGCGGCCGCGGCGGACGAGCACCUGGCCGCAGUCUACUACGGCGAGCUGGCGCUGGCCGCGCGCCCGCUCGAACACAUGCAGGCCAUUUUCAGGAAGUGCUUCAUGGCGAUCGGCGAGUUGGACGCCAUAGACGGCUGCGGGAUAGCUCACCUGACCGGCGAGGAGGAGAAGAGGCGGCACCUCAUCAGCACGGGGCAGUACAGCGACUCCCUGCUGGUCCAUGACAUCGCGCUGUCGCGGGGCAACAUGGAGCGGGACCUGCAGCGCGGCACAGUGCUCUCCUUGCACAAGUCCGGGAUGCAUCACCUCGCGCUCCAGUACAUUAAGUCCCUCCCGGAGAAUGAGGAGCUGAAUAACAUUAAGUACGAAUGUCUAUCGUAUUUGGGUGACUGGAGCGACUUUGUCGAUACUAAGCAGUUGUACGAGGAGUCCAAAACCACGACUGGCAAUCCGCGUACCAUUAUAAAUGCUAUGCGAUACGCCUGUCUGAAAGAUUGUCUAACCAUACAACCCAACAAGUACGACAAGAGAUUGUCAAAACCCUUGGAUAGAGCGAAGCUAGCCACGGCAGCAUUAUGUAAGAAAUUGAACAUGGAAAAUUGUCAGAACGUUUACAAAAUCGUUGGAAAUUUACAAGUUCUGAGAGACAUUGAGGACUACUUCUCGGUGCGAUGCGAGGAUGUGUCUAUAGAUGACAUAAUAAAAGCGUGGAGUGUUGAAAUGUUGCCGCCGUUUCAUGAUUUCAAGCACUUGGAAACAAUAAUAUCCCAAAGGACGCUGAUACUGGAACACGCAGCCUCCAGUUAUCCGUCGCAGGUUGCACAAAUUAGUGCUCUGCAGUUACAAUAUGCCGAACUGGGUCUAUCAAAUAACCGCAUUCAGAUGGCUCAGCGUGUAGUGGCCGCCAUGAAGCACAUCCAGGACUCGGACAAGGUGACCCUGCUGGAGAGCCAGGUGUCCUGGGCGAAGGGCCACCAGGACAUAGCCCUGUCCCUGCUCAACAGCAUACUGACCAAGCAGUCCGAGGAUAUGAAGUGGACUGCUAUAUCUUUAAGGCAAUACGGUUUGUGGAUGGCGGAGUCUAAGAGGGAGAACGCGCGAGAUAUACUCAACAAUUAUUUAGAGAAGAGCAAGAACAUUCUAAAUGAAACCAACGAUGUAGAAACUAGACUUAAAGUUUAUCACGAUAUUGCUAAAUUUGCUGAUGAGGAGUAUAAACAGGUUGUCAACUACAUGAAAUCUUCAGUUUUUGAGAUAAAAGUAAAAUGUAUGGAGGACAUGAAAGACACAGCGGCGACGUUGGACUCCACACAGCAGUCGCUGUCGAGAGACGAAAAGAAAGCGCUCUUGCGAUUCCAGAGAUUGAACAAAGGUUUUAAGGAUUUGGAUGAAGCGGAAAUCGCUAACACAAAAGCCGAGAAGGAAUCUUUCUUGAAGCUCGCUAUGAGAUACUACCUCCUCUCCCUGGCUCAGAGCGAAGAGAACAACUUGACUAUAUUCCGAGUGAUAUCGCUGUGGUUCGACAAUCCUACGCUUAACUUAGAGGACGAAGACAGCGGCAAACUGGGGCAGCUCAUCAACGCAAUACCGACGUGGAAAUUCAUAACUGUUCUACCGCAGCUGGCGCCGAGACUCAACACACAGAGAGAUCAGUUUUCAAAUCAUCUUAAAACUUUGAUACUUCGUUGUGCCAAAGAACAUCCCCACCACACGUUGCCGAUACUAUUCAGCUUGAAGAACUCAGAUAAGGACCGGAGCACACUGUCAUCUGGGGCGGGCAGCGAGGAACGCAGCAAGUGUGCGGCGGCGCUCGUGGCGAAAGUGGGCGGGACCGGCCCGCAUGUCGCCCUCGUGCGGCAGAUGGAGCGGGUCUGCGAUGCGAUAAUCGCCUUCGCGUACCUGGUGCCGGAGUCAAAGUCUUUGAAGCCGCAGGCGAUACCGCGUACGGAGGAGAUUGCUAAACUGCGUCACCUCGACGCCGUGCCCGUACCCACCGACACAAUACCCGUCAGGAAAGACUGCGACUACUCCCAGAUACACACGUUGAGUGCUUUCGACAAGUUCUAUGAAUUGGUGGGCGGAAUAAACUAUCCCAAGAAAGUCUCGUGUCUUAGUUCAGAUGGGAAAAAGAGGAUACUGUUGAUAAAGGGCGAGGACGACCUCCGCCAAGACGCGGUGAUGCAGCAGGUGUUCAACAUUGUCAACACAUUGCUCGAGAAGAACCCAAUUACAUACAGGAGCAAGCUCUACAUUCGCACCUACAAAGUGGUACCGAUGUCUCGGCGCGCGGGUGCACUGGAGUGGGUGAUGGGCACGCGGCCGAUCGGCGCCAUAUUGCUGCCCGCACACGAGCGAUACAGACCCAAGGACAUGACUCCAGCCGUUGCUCGCAACAAGCUAAAGGAGUGUCACGAGCAGCGGAGGCCCACGCGGUACAAGCUGGAGGUGUUCAAGCAAAUCCUCAAGUCGUUCAAGCCGGUGUUCCACCACUACUUCACCGAGCAGUACCUCACGCCUGUCAAGUGGUACGAACGCCGGCUGGCCUACACGAAGAGUGUGGCAGCUUCGUCUAUGGUGGGAUAUAUUCUCGGCUUGGGCGACCGACACGUUCAGAACAUAUUGAUCGACGAAACUACUGCUGAAGUUGUACACAUUGAUCUCGGUAUUGCGUUCGAUCAAGGAAAAACUCUGCCCACACCGGAGACCGUGCCGUUCCGUUUGACGCAGGACAUUGUAGCUGGGUUCGGCUGCAGCGGCGUUGAUGGAGUGUUUAGAAAAUGCUGCGAGAAGACCCUGCAACUGCUGCGUGACAACCAGGAGACGUUGCUAACCAUACUGGAGGUGCUGCUGUGCGACCCGCUAUACCUGUGGACCAACAAGAAAGCCAGCACAUCUAAUGCUGGUUCCUCAUGUUCAGGGGCGCUGUCGGAGCGCGCGCUGCUGGGUGUGAGCGACAAGCUGCGCGGCGCGGAGGGGCGGGCGGGGGGCGUGGCGGUCGCCGGCCACGUGGCAGGGCUGCUGCGCGCCGCCAGCGACCCCGUCAACCUGUGCCAGCUCUUCCACGGCUGGCAGCCCUACCUUUGAAUAUCCGUGACAUUAAAAAAAAAUUGCUCUCCCAGCUCUUCCCCGGAUGGCAAUCUAAAUUUCUACCUCUAAUUAAUAACACUUUUUAUUUUAUUGGUAAGGUUUGCCAAUAACGAAUUUAUUUUUAUUUUAUCUUGUUGCGUACUUUACGAGUUUUUAGGCAGCCCUACCUCUGAAUCUCCGUAACAUAAAAAAUUGUAUGCAUGAUAUACCAGCAAUUUCAUGCGUUAUUUUUAUAUUGUGU